AUGACAGAAGCAAGUGUUGUGCAAAAUGUGGUGGAACGGGACACUUCGCAAAAGAAUGCGUCAAAAAGCCGUUUUGUGCGUCAUGCAAAUCAAACGGAAAAAGGAUACGGAUCACCGAAUGGGAAGUUUGAAAUGUCCCCUCUACCAAGUACAAAAGGCGAAAUGAGAGUUGUGCAAAUCAACCUAAAUCAUUGCGAAGCGGCCCAAGAGUUACUGAAACAGACAAUCUACGAGAAGAAGAUAGAUGUGGCGAUAGUCUGUGAGCAGUAUAAAAACAUUAGUGCUGGUACCUGGAUUUCCGAUAAAGAAAGCAAAGCUGCCAUAUGGGCCUGUGGGGAAAACCCAUUCCAAGACAAGCCGCUCUUGGGGAAAUCUUAUUAUACGCGAGCGAAAAUAGGCGGAAUCUAUUUUUACAGUUGCUACCUCCCUCCGAGUGUACUACAAGGUGUUCAUGAACAGAUCCUUGAUGAAUUAGUUCAGGACGCCCUUACUACUACACCAAAUGUGAUAGCAGGCGACUUUAACGCGUGGGCAAUCGAGUGGGGUAGUAGCAAGACAAACCGGCGGGGUAAUGCUUUGCUCAAAACGUUCGCAGAUAUAAGUACCUUCGAGAAGAAUGGCCGCGGAUCGAUUAUAGACAUUACGUUCGCCAGCAACUCACUGGCUCGAUCUGCACAUUGGAAAGUGUGCGACUUCUACACACAUAUCGAUCAUCUUGCCAUUAUGCUUGAAAUCUGCAAGAAGCCGCGAAACCAAGGCAGUCUAAAAAAGCCACGGAAAAAAGUAUGGAAGGUGGAAACGCUAGAUGAGAACAUCUUCGACCUCAUACUGGAUGAAAAAAUGGGUAGCUCAACCGACUUAGACCAACAAACUGAAAGCCUGCGACGCGGCCAUGUGUAG